CUCAGAGUCAGAAUGCGAGCACCACACAUCUCGCCGGGAGCGCCUUGUCGGCUUCGCGCCGGUGGAGCAAUUUUGGCCUCGAUGACCACGGUUCCAUGGCUGCUUCGCCUGGAGGAGACUCGCAGCGCGCUGGGUCCAUAGGCUCGGGUCGCGGGUUGCGGAAGCGUGGGGGCAAUUCGGACGUCGAGGAUGACCCCGGGGCUGGGUCGGAUAGACAAGAGGAUGGGGCGGGGGCCUCAGGAGGGGGGCUCCGGCCACCGUGGGAGUCGCUGCUUGGAUUGCAGGCUGAUGUUUGGGAGAAGUUGCUGAGUCCGUCUCGGUCGUGGCAUAAGCGGCGGUUUGAGGUCGGAAUUAAUGAUCUGGCAUUUGUUGGGUGGCCGGUCUUUGUUCGAGAGGAUGGGACUUGGAGGAAACAGCGAAGGAAGAAGAAGAAGACCAAACCGGAGUGGGAAGGAGGCGAACUGGGUCAUAAUGAAACGCCGGAUGAUGCGCGCGAGGAUGCCGAUGAGGCUAUCGCUGCUUCAACAGAGACAUUGAGCCCGCAUACGAUGACGGCAUCAGAAUCUCAACGGGCAUCGAUGGGAAGCAUUAGGAGUUCAAGGACACUAAGUGAAAUGUUGGAUGGUGACGAUAAGGAUUCGAUGACCAUGUUCAAUGUGGUGUUUGUCUUGGACCCUCCGUUGUUGGAGUACUCCAUGCGCAUCCGAGAGAUCUACGAUAAUAUCAUCAAGAAGUUUGCUAAAGCACUGAAGUGGGAGCAGGCGCGAACGGACUACGUCUGGCGGGAGGCUCAGCAUAUCUCGCAUAUCAAGGAAAAAGCGAAAGAGACAAGGACGUCUGUCAAUACGCUCUACUCGGAACUCAUACACCAUUCCUCCCUGGCAAGGGCAAUUUACACAGUUUACAGUAAUAUUUCAGCAUCCAAGAUCGCCUCCGUUUCGCUGAGCCCGGACGUAUCUAUUUCGCUUCAGAUUCCACCUCUUACCUCAACGCCUUAUCUCCCUGGGCCAAGCGACAAAGCGUACCCAGGUCUCUGGCUUACAACAGCAGAUAGCGUUACCCCCGCUGACGACCCCACCGCUGAUGAUAACACUGCUCCGCAUCAAGUGCUAGCCAAACACUUUGCGUUACUAUUGCUUAGUGACGAAGCGACAAUCCUCAAGGAUGUAGAAGCGUCAGGGGGUGCUCUAGCUCCCGCCCUUGCUCACUAUAUCCGAUGUUCCAGGCCGACGAAAUCAUUUGCCCAGAUAUCUGCGUUGUCAGGAAUACCGCUUUCCACCAUACAGAUGUUGGCGAGCCAUCUGGUGUACUGGAGGCGAGCGCGCGCCAUCCCACCACUCCACCAGAGGGAUGUGUAUUUUGUCUCCCCGAACUGUGACCUCAGCAAACUAGAAGUAGCUACCGCCGCAUACCAAUUAGCGUUUCCAACCCUUCCCAGUCUACCGAAGAUGUUGUCGGCCUUGAGUGGCACGCCUAGACCCUACGGAAGCUUUAUUCCGAGUAAAGACCAUAAAGAGGCCUAUUUUGCGAUCCUAGCAUGGUUAUUACGGGGAGGAUGGGUGACUCAACUCCGAACGUUUGCGCGAGUCAAGGUGUCUCCAGAGAUUAAAAUGGCAGUGGAGAGGGCUCUUCGACGUGAGGAGGUGGACAAAUACCUGAGCAAACAAGGGUCGUCCAUACUCUCAGGCAAGAGCAAGCACGGUGGCGACACGUCAGAGAAUGACGAUGACGACGAUGCUAGCUCGUCUUCAUCGUCCUCUCUCGCAAGCCAGGACAGCGGGGAGGAAACGCCGAUGCCUGGCCGGUAUAAACCUGACAGCAGACUACACCUCUCGCAUUCACUCCUAAACCAGGACACCUCCCUGAAAACGGCAUCGUUGAUUCUGUUCCCCCACCGUGCCCCACCACUAGAGUCUCGGUGGCUCGAUGAGAUCGUUUCGCGAUUCCCUAAACACCCCAGGUUCUCUCUGAAAGGACGAGCUAACAUCGACGAGAACGACCCGGAACAUGCAGGGCUUCGAACCGCAAUGAAGGACUUGUGGCCGGUCUACAUUAAGUACUUCAAUGGAAUGGAUGCUCUCGAGAAGGUUCCGGUGCGUGAGAACCUAAAGCGCAAACUGGUGUGGCAGGUCCUCACGCGUCUGGGACUGGUCACUGGCUCGCUGACAUCCAUCGAAUUGGACCCCAAUGAGCAGGUGUUGAUCGGUGUGAGACAUUGGUAGUGAUUGACGACGUGACUUAUGUAAUGACUGCACGAUACGAUACAUACAGAACCAUGUAUAUCCAUAAUAAUCGCAAUGCCUACUAAUUGAUAUCCCUCUCCAACCAUCUGACCUAUCGGCAUUCCGGAAAUAGAAUCCAGACAUGAAGAUUUGACUAAUCCAAUCUCCAAUGAUCGAUCAUGUGAUAUCCCGGACCUUUCGGCCGCAAGCCCAUUGAAAACAACGGAUCCGAAGAAUUCCGAACCAUAUCCCCUUCGACCCUCGAGCCUCAGCCCUAAUAACCUUGCGCUAAGCGACCGUUCAGAAAUCCCAUUUUUCCCUCCUUUGAACUGGCUAACCGCAUGGGUAAAGUAGCGAGAGCAAGGAACCUCGUUCUUCCGCCUCGGGCAUCUACGGCUGCUGCCAUUGGUGCAUGGGUUAUGCAGUGGGAUGUGAGGAACAGAAACCUUCAUCCCCACGGCAUACGCCGGAAGCGCAGACAAAUGCGUUCAUGUAUCACGUGUGGGCUUCCUGGGCCUUCCGAAUAUACCGAUCUGUAUAUAAUUAAUCCAGUACGGAGCUGCUGUAUCAUUUAGAUUGGUUUCUGAAUUACUGGUAUAUUAAGAAGCACAUAGCCUAUCACUUUCUGCAAGUAUCAACGCUAACACAGACCAGACCAA